CUCCCCCACACUCCGUGACAGAGCUCCACCUGGAACUUGCAAGAAGCAAGUACAAGGGUUUCAAUAUCACUCAGAGGAGCAAGACAGGGGGAGUUGUUAGAGAAAUAAGACCACACCACAUGAAUCAACGCUGCCCAUGUUCACAGAUCUCCUAUGGGGGAGAUGGGCAUGAAUGCAGUGGCAGCAAUCCUGUUAGUGUUGCACCAUGUUGAUAUGGGGACCCAGAUGAGUCAGGGUAAUAACCUCUUCACAGGUCGCCGCUGAGGUUUAACCUUUGUUUCUAAAGCACAGUCCUCUACCACUUGAGCUAAAGGGGUAACUCCCUAGCUAGGGAUAGUAGUAGGCUCUUACCUUUGCAGAAUAUCCACUAGAGGGCACACAUGUAGCACAGAGCCAGUGGCCUAUAUCAGUGUUAUAGGAGCCCAGAAAAGGCUAGCUCAUGGGGGAACAGCAAGGCAGGCAUGGAGAGAAGAAGCCAAACUCUAAUUCAUGCUUUUCUGGGCUGGCAGCAUCAAAACUUGGCAAUGUAGGUCCAAUCAGGGAUGCUUUCAGAUCAGUUCUAGAGCAGGCCAACCCCCGAAUCCUUUCAGGUUUGCCCCAUCCCAAUCAAUGUCACUGCAGAGCCAGACGGUCUGUGAUUUAACUUCCCAGAUGUCUUAGAUGAAGUUUUCAUGUCCGACGAAGAUAUCACCUCAAGGAGCCAGUUUCCAGAGAGCUGGCUGUGGCAAGUGGAGCAGCUGACUGAGCGACCAAAUGAACUGGGAAUUUCUUCCAAGAAGAUGCCUAUUUUCCUGAAGGAUUCCAUCACCACCUGGGAAGUCCUGGCUGUGAGCCUUUCAGAGACCAAAGGGAUCUGUGUGGCUGACCCCUAUAAGAUAACAGUAAUGAAAGAUUUUUUCAUUGACCUCUGGCUGCCCUACUCUGUAGUGAGGAAUGAGCAGGUGGAAAUCCGGGCUAUUCUCUACAACUAUCGGGACCAAACAAUUAAGGUAAGCUCACCGCCUCAUGGGGCUCUGCAAUGGACCUGAGGUGUCAAUGCUUUGACAGACAGGCAAACCAAAACAAAAUGGUGGAAGGCUUGUUCUUCUAGGUCCUGAUGCCUUUAGGGCUGGACAUUCUUGUCUCCCAUUGAUCUUGUUG